CAAGUCUGGCAUUUUCAAACCCAAAACCAAGGCCUACUUUGCUAGUCGUCAUCCUAUUCCCUCUGCGAUGACUGCCCUUGUUGAAUCCGAUACGGAGCCCACUUGUUUUACACAGGCCUCACGGUCUCCUCAGUGGUGCAAGGCCAUGCUGGAUGAGUUCAAUGCGUUGCUCAAACAAGGUACAUGAACUUUAAUUCCUCCCGUUCCUUAUGCUAACAUUGUCGGAUGUAAAUGGGUGUUCAAAAUAAAACGUCAUUCUGAUGGGUCGAUAGAGCGUUACAAGGCGCGUCUUGUUGCCAAAGGUUUCCAUCAACAACCUGGGGUUGAUUACACAGAGACCUUUAGUCCCGUUGUGAAGCCUACCACGAUUCGAACAGUGCUCAGCGUAGCCGUGUCCUUUGGUUGGCCGAUACAUCAACUUGACGUGAAGAACGCCUUUCUCCAUGGUUCACUUAUGUAAGAGGUUUAUAUGGCCCAACCCCCUGGGUUUGUUGAUCCAAGUCGUCCCAAUUAUGUUUGUAAGCUUCGGAAAGCCAUCUACGGUCUUAAACAAGCUCCGCGAGCUUGGUUUCAACGCCUAAACACCUUUCUCAUGCAGGUCGGCUUUGUUCAAAGUCGAGCAGAUAGUUCGAUGUUUACUUAUCAUCAUGGCUCCACUAUCCUUGUUUUUCUUCUAUACGUGGAUGACAUCGUUUUGACUGGUAAUUCCUCUCCUUUUAUUCAAUCCUUUAUCCAAACUUUGAGCACUGAGUUUGAACUAAAGGAUCUCGGCAAGCUGCACUACUUCCUUGGCAUUAAGGUAUCCUAUUUAUCCAAUGGUAUUCACUUGUCUCAGAACAAAUAUACCUUGGAAUUAUUACAACGUGGUGACUUAUUAGAAUGUAAACCUUGUUCCACCCCUAUAGCAGCCAAGACUCAACUUUCUGCACACACCGGUGCUCCCCUCUCGGAUCCAUCUCUUUAUAGGCAGCUUGUGGGUUCCUUGCAGUAUCUUACGUUAACUCGGCCGGACAUUUCCUUUGAUGUACAAAAUGUUUCUCAGUUUAUGGGUCAUCCUACUACUGCUCACAUGGAAGCGGUUAAGCGAAUAUUGCGUUAUCUUAAGGGCAGCUUGGGUAUGGGCCUUCGCUUAACUUCAUCUUCACAACCAUUUCGUCUCAUUGCUUAUUCUGAUGCGGAUUGGGCAGGGUGCCCUGGCACACGUCGUUCUACCACUGGCUUUUGUAUUUUCCUUGGUGACAAUCUGAUUUCUUGGUGUGCUAAGAAACAACGGACGGUCUCUCGAUCCAGUGCCGAAGCGGAGUAUCGGGCUCUUGCCUUUGCAUGUGCUGAUUCUAUUUGGAUAGCAGGUCUUUUGCGUGAGCUUCGUGUACCAGUCUUUGAGCCAAUACUGAUGCAUUGUGACAAUCUGAGUGCCACAUAUAUGGCUGCUAAUCCGGUCUUUCAUGCUCGCACGAAACACAUUGCUUUGGAUUAUCAUUUCGUCCGGGAACGUGUUGCUUCCGGAACUCAUCGUGUUCACUUUCUUCCUUCCAUUUCGCAACUGGCUGAUCUUUUUACGAAAGGCCUAUCGAAGACGCGUUUUCAGUCCUUGUGUUCCAAACUUGUCUCCUCUCCGGCGUCAAGUUUGCGGGGGAGUGUAGACAAGAGCAGUUAGGAUGAGCUGUUAAGGCAGUCAGGAUGAGUUGUUAUCAUUUAAAUGUACUUUGUAUUUAAUUGUAUUAUAUAGCUGCUAUAGGAACCCCUAUAUUCUGUAGACCUCUUGGUGUAUAAAGGCUUGUAAAGU